AUGGAGGAGCCGAUUGAGAUCGUGCUUGAAGUCGCCAGGGAGGAAGUUAGUAGGGCGAUUCGAUAUGCCUUAAUUGGGAAAAUAGUUGCGGAUCGGGCUUUGAACCGGAAGGGAGUUUUCAAUGUGAUUCGAUCGAUUUGGGGAUCUAGGGAUCUGGAAGAUGUUCGCGAGCUGGGGAAAAAUCUUUAUGGUUUUUCUUUUAAAACCAGAAAAGGUUUGGAGUUUGCUCUCAACAAUGGACCUUGGGCUAUAAUCGGACACCACCUGAUCUUACAGCGAUGGGAGAUUUCUAAAGGUGUGAAGGAGAUAGAGUUCAAGGAGAUUGCAUUUUGGAUCCAGGUACAUAAUUUGCCCCUUGAAAUGCAAACUAUGACAAAUGCUAGAAGAAUUGGAAGUACUUUAGGUCGUAUAAUGGAUAUUGAGGAUCCUUCUUGGAAUCUAGGUAUUGGUAGAGGAUUUUUGAGAAUUAAGGUUGCUAUUGAUGUUAAUAAACCUCUGGUUGGGGGUUUUUGGGUACCUAAAGAGAAUAAUGGAAGAUUGUGGUGUGAAAUUAAGUAUGAACGGUUUGCUGAUUUUUGUUAUGAAUGUGGUAGGAUGGGGCAUACUGAGAAAACAUGUGGUUUUGUACAUGAGUCAGAAAAUUUAGUUAAGAAAUAUGGAAGUUGGUUAAGAGCUGCUCCUUUAAGGGAUGCUGGUAGAGGGGAUAGGGAAUGGAAAAGGGAGGAUGAACAAGGGGCUGAAAUGAUGACCCCUCAUAAUCAAGCUAGAUUGAUGAAAGAGUGGAAUGUAGAACAAUGGAGAUUUGUGGAUGUUGAAGAAGCUGGGAAUGUGGACUCUAGUAUUGAAAAGGAAAAGACAGAGUUAUCUCAUGAAUCUACUAACUCUCUCGAGGAGGUGCAACAAAAUCCUAAUCUCCCUGAGCCGGUUAGGCUUUCCCCAAAGAUUUCUACUACUACAGAAAUACCUGAAACCAGUUCUCGUCCUGCUUCAACCUUUGUCAAAACCAAUAUCAUUCUUCAGCAUUUAUAUAGUACAGUUGAAUCUAAUCCUUCUCAAACAGAAAUACACAACACUAAUCUUGUCUCUGAAAACCAUUUGUCUAAACAGCUUUCCAUUUCACCUACAAAAAAUCCUGUUGUUACUGUUAUAAACCAUGAGGGUGAAGCUGAACCUGGCUAUAAAGUUGAGUUUCCUGCAGAAGAAGAUGAUGAUGACAAGGGAUUAGUUGAAAUACGGAAGGAUGAUGUAGCUGAGCAAGCAUUGGGAGUCCUUGUUCCUGUUUUCCAACAAAUGAAUUUGAAGAGAAGUGUAGAUCACUAUGAUGUGGACACGAUUGAUGGGGGAAGGUCGAAAGCAAGAAAGAUUGAUCUCAAUGAGAUGCUGUUGAAAGUUUAUGAGGAAAAUGAGCAGCUGGGAAACAAAGAAAAUGAGUGUGUUAUUGAGAAACAGUCGGUUAGGUGGCUAGCCUCUUGCAGCCACCAAGGAUACAUGAGGUACUUAAGUUGGAACUGUCAAGGUAUAGGGUCGGCCUUGACAGUAAAUAACCUUCACAAUCUGAGAAGGAAAUAUGACCCCCAGUUUCUGUUUUUAAUGGAAACAAAAAAUAAAGAAAAGAAACUAGAAGUUUUGAGAAGAAAAAUGCAUAUGGAAGGGAGGAUUUAUGUUGAACCUGAAGGGUUAAGUGGGGGAUUGGCUUUAUGGUGGGUUGCGGGUAUUUCGGUGGAAGUUGUGGAUGCUACAAAAAAUUUUAUUGAUGUUCGUGUUGAAGAUGAUAUACAGGGGGUUAAGUGUAGGAUCUGUUGGGUGUAUGGUCCUCCAAAAUUUGCUGAUAGAAAAGUUGUUUGGGAGAUGAUAAAAGGAAGGGCAAAGGACUUUGAUGGGCCAUGGAUGAUGUUAGGUGACUUCAAUGACUUUCUCUAUCACCAUGAGAAAGAAGGUGGAAAAGAGAGAAAUCCUCAGAAACUUCAGUGUUUCAGGAAUAUGAUGGAUACCUGUGGACUUUUUGAUCUUCAUUACCAGGGUCAAAGGUUUACAUGGUUAGACAAGAGAGAAAGUUUGAUUAAAGAAAGGAUUGAUAGAGCAAUAGCUAACAUGCAAUGGAUGGAGACUUUUGCCAAAACUCAGGUUUUUAAUCUUCCAAUUGUAGGGUCAGAUCACUCGCCAAUCCUUGUUGAUUCUAAUUUUUGUGACAAGAAGGUUCCAAAGCAGUUUAAGUUUGAGAUUAUUUGGGAUGAGAAAGAGGAAUGCGAACAGAUCAUAAGGGAUGGAUGGAGCAGUGCUUUUCAGGGUUCUCAUUCUUAUCAAGUGGUUCAGAAACUUAAGAAGUGCAGAAGAAUGUUAAUAGCAUGGAGCAAGAAAGCCUUCCCCAAUAAUAAGAAAGUGGUUGAGGAAUUGAUGAAUGAGGUGGCCACUAUUCAAGAUAAAGAUGUUUCAGUAGAAUGCUGUCAAAAGGUGGAAAAACUUAUUGCAGAUAUUAAAAAAGCAUGGGAUUGUGAAGAAAAAUAUUGGAUGCAAAGAUCCAGGGUGAAUUGGUUGCAGCAUGGGGAUAAUAACACAAAGUUUUUUCACCAUAAUACAUUGGCAAGAAUGCAACAUAAUAAAAUUCUCAGUAUUAAAAAUGAAGAUGGAGAAUGGGUGGAGAAUGAAGAUGAGAUUCUUGGCACUUUUCAGAAGUUUUAUGAAAAGCUUUUCACUUCAGGUGGAAGCAAUAAUUGGAGAAAUAUCCUGGAUAAUAUUCCUGCUUUGGUGAGUGAGGACAUGAAUAUUGAUCUGUUAAGAGAUGUUGAGGAUGAGGAAAUAAAAGCUGCUGUUUUUGAGUUAGGUGCCCUUAAAGCUCCAGGGCCUGAUGGUUAUAAUGGCUGGUUUUAUCAGAGAUAUUGGAAGAUUGUGUGUGAUAGUGUGAUCAAAGCUGUCAAAUGUUUUUUCACUAGUGGACAUCUCUUAAAGGAAAUCAAUAAAACAAAUGUGAUUCUGAUUCCAAAAGCGAAGAAAGCUGAAGAUGUGGGUCAAUUCAGACCUAUUGCUUGUUGCAAUUUUUUGCACAAAAUAAUUGCAAAAGUAAUGGUUAAUAGGCUCAAGCCUCAUAUGGAUUCACUAAUUACUCAAAAUCAGAGUGCUUUCAUUGCACAAAGACAAAUCCAGGAUAAUAUUUUGGUGGCAAAUGAGGCAUUCCAUUACCUCAAGCUAAAGAAGAAGGGUAAAAAAGCAGAUAUGGCCAUCAAAAUAGAUAUGAAUAAGGCAUAUGAUCGGGUGGAGUGGAAAUUCCUAGAAGCUAUUCUCCAUAAGAUUGGAUUUGAAAACAAAUGGGUCAGGUGGUUGAUGGAGUGUGUUUCUUCUGUGUCUUACAACAUUUUUGUCAACGAUGUUUUAUCUAGGAUGUUAAAUUCUGCCUCUGAGUCUGGAUCAGUAACUGCCAACAAGCAGAAUUGUGAGACUAUGGUUGCUAUCCUGGAGGACUAUAGUAGAGCAUCAGGGCAAAUGAUAAACCUAAACAAAUCAAGAGUGGUUUUCAGUGCUAAUGCAAAGCCGGAACAAAAGGAAGAGAUGAAGAGUAUCCUGCAUAUGGAGGAUGCACCACACACUGGCAAUUAUCUGGGCAUUCCAUCUUUUUGGGGCAAGUCAAAACGGCAAGCCAUGGCCUAUGUGAAAGAGAAGAUUCCUAAGAAUAUUUGUGAUGAGAUAAAUAGUGUUAUGGCAAAUUUCUACUGGGGACAGGGGGAUAAUGAGAAUAAGAUUCAUUGGAAAGGGUGGAAGUCUCUUACUAAUAGUAAAUGUGAAGGUGGUAUAGGGUUCGGAGAUUUGAAUACUAUAAAUAUAGCUUGUUUAGGUAAACUGGUGUGGAGAUUUGUAAAUAAUCAGGAUGCUUUAUGGGCUAGAAUUUUGAAAGGAAUUUAUUUUCCAAACUCUACAAUCUGGGAUGCUAGAAAGGGAGCUCGGGCUUCUUGGGCCUGGACUAGUAUUUUAGAAGGGAGAAAUUUUGUAAAAGAUAAUAGUCAAUGGUUGAUUAGAGGAGGGUCUGAUGUUCAUAUUUGGACUGAUAAAUGGGUGUUGAAACAGGGGAAGGUAGAGCUUAGAGAUGAUGAGGCUAGUAUUGAUUUAGACUGGCAACCUAAAAUGGUCAGUGAAUUAAUUGACAAAGAGAAUGUUAUAUGGCGCACUGAGUUGAUUGAGGAUAGAGUCUUUGAAAGGACUGUACAAGCUAUUCAGAAUAUGCCUAUCAAUGAGGAAGGGGGUCAGGACAGACUGAUAUGGCCUGCUGAUAGAAAUGGAGAAUAUUCUGUAAAAACGGGUUACAUUGUGAAGAAGACUCAAGAAGAGAAAAUUAUGAAAAGAAAUCCUUCAAGCUCUCAUACAGUUGCUACAAAAACCUGGAGGAUUAUUUGGUCCAUGAAAGUACCUCGCAAAAUUCGGAGUUUUUUAUGGAGGGUGUGUUCGAACUCAAUUGCUACAAACUACUUGUUAUGGAAAAGGAGAAUUAAAGAUAAUCCUUGCUGCCCUUUUUGCUUAGAAUUUGAUGAAACUCCUGAACACUUACUGCUUUUAUGUCCUUGGACUAGAUGUGUGUGGUUUGGAACUGAUCUAGGUUAUAAGUUGGAGAAGGAAUCCAUUUCUACUUUUGAUACAUGGCUAGAAAAUGCAGUUUCUGAUGAGUGUAGUCAUCAAGAAAAGGAACAAAUUUAUAUCAGGAUAGGUUAUACUUGCUGGUGUAUUUGGAAAGAAAGGUGCAGGGCUGUCUUUGAACUUUGUGAACCUAAUCCUGGCAAGGUCAAUGAUCAAAUUAGAAGAGGAGUAGCUGAAAGUAUAGGUCUGAUAAAAGUAGAAACGGUAGCUAAGGAGAUAGAGCAAAAAUGUAUGAACUGGGAACCUCCUGAAGAUGGUUGGUUGAAAAUGAAUUGCGAUGGUGCUUAUAAUGAUUCAUCAAUUGAGAGUGGGAUCGGGGUUAUAAUUAGAGAUAAAGAUGCCAGUAUUGUUACAGGGCUAAACAAGACUGUUAAAGCCUGUUCUUGUCAAAUGGCAGAAGGUUUAGCUAUGCGAGAAGGUCUCAAACUGGCUCGAAGAAGAAGAAUCCCAAAAAUCAUUGUGGAGACUGAUUCUUAA